GCUUCAGUUGAUUUUGAUCGUGCGUGAGGGAUACACGUCGCGCGCUCCUCGAUUACCGGUCUCGGACAUAUGAAUUAAAACUUCGGUAAAAUUUUUGCGAAUAAUAAAGAACUGUGCUAGUGUCGUGUAUGAGAGAAGUAACUGUUAUAUUUCAAGGUGACAUUUGGCCAAAAUCGCUCAUGCGCCCCACACACCCUUUCAAUUCAGUAAAAUCUCUAAACAUGACAAUGAUUAGUGAUAUUCAGUGAUAGUGAUAUUGUGUGUUGUUUUAGUAAAUAUCUCUCGUAAAGUGAAGUGUGCAGAACGUUGAGUUUAUCAAAAAUGGAAGCUCUUGAAAGGCGAGGAUUGUUGAGGGCGAUCGUAGCGUUCUUCUUCAUAUUUUGGCCACAUUGUCCAGUGGAGGGCCGCAACUCGACCAGGAUGUCGUACGUGUGCCCCCCCCACUUCAUCCGGCUCGGGCACAGCUGCUACUACUUCAGCGACACCCCAGCUAAUUGGCAGGAGGCGCUCUUCGCGUGCAAGGACCGUGACAGCAACCUGUCGGUACCGGCGCGAUGGGAGGACAGGAAUCUGCGAGCUUAUCUCAAUCGACCCGACGUAGGAAAUGCCAGCCGAUGGAUCGGCGGCAUCUACGACUACAGCUCGAAGGCGUGGAAAUGGGGGGGCGAGCUGCGGCAGAUGCACUACCAGUCCUUCUCCAAGAUGAAGAAGCUGAGUCCGGAGCAACUCAAGUGGCAUUGCAUUGCGAUGAUGCCGGACCUGCUGUACAGAUGGGCUCCCCACAGCUGCUUCGAACGCCACCGCUACAUCUGCCAGACGAAACUGCGCAAGGUCGCUAAGAAGGAGGUUAAAGAACUGCGCAAACGUUGGCAGAGGAUGGGCAAACUGAACGAGAUCAUAGCUCCGAGCGUCAGUCGGGAGGUCGACAACGACAUUAAUGAUGUAGACUCGUUCAAGAACCCGAAAUCGUACGACCUGCGCCCGAGCCCGCUCAGGCUGCGGCCGAGGGGCAACCGGACGCGGACGAACAGGAUCCACCCGAGGGGGUACCGCCCCAACGAACUGAGGAAGAGGUCCCGGUCCCCCAACAUUCACAGGAGGCUCACCAGACCAUUCCCAGGAUACCAAUGGAAGCGCCGAGACCCGCAAGGCUCGUACGAAUACAACAAGAAACUGCUGCUCUCCGGGCGCACGGGGCUGACGCCGCAGCAGGUCAGGUCCCACCUCACCAGGCUGGCCCAUCUGCGAGACGUGCAGAUCGCUAAGCAACGCCGGAUGAAGGACAAGAACGACUGGCUAGUGAACGAGCCGCAGCAGAAGUUGGCUCAAACCCACGCUCGGACCUACACCAUGGACAACAAUAUCAGCGCUUUACACCCCAAGACCAUUGUGGAGGAGUUCGACAUGUUCCCUGCGCCUGUUGCCGUCAACACGCAGCAGGCUGGCCAUUAGAUGUUAAAGUUCCUUUGUACGCAGAACUAAUGAUAGAAACUUCACUUAUCUCAGAAAAUAUAAUAAAACCUCAAGUAGAUCAAAAUUUGGAAGCUAUGAUGUCACAGACAUACACAAAACUUAGCGGUAUAACAUCUUACUUGGGUUAUUAAAAACUGUGUACUUCGACUGUUUACUGUCGACUUUAUAUUAUUUUAUUUUAUUAUUUAUUAUACUUUAUUGUUCCAAAAAAGCGCCACUUCUAAACAAAUUCACAGUAUUAUUCUCAGUAUAUUAAUUUCUUUUAAACAUUAAUGAAAAUAAGUUGUUUUUACCUCUAUUUUACAUAUUUGUCGAUAAAUUUUAAUAACAAAUACGUACCAACAUAAUAAGAGUAUGGCAGUAAACAACUGAAAAGGGGGUAUCAUUAGUUCUGCGAACAGCUUUACGAUUACGUCUCUACUAGCGCUUCAAAAUUGAAGGUAGUAAUAUAGAGGUUUCCCACCUUACCGAAAAUUUUUAUCUUUUUCCUUUAAGAGUAAUAGAAACUAAGGAGAUAACGCCAUAUUGAUCACUUUCAUGACAUUCGUUCAAAAACGCGAAAUAAAACUUUUAUCAAUCUAGAAGAAAACUAUUAACUUCAUUGUUCAAUGAUGAAGUUGCGAUAAUUUUUAUAUUUUUAUUAUAUUUAAUUUCGGAAAUACAUCCCCAGUGUUUAAAAGUUACCAAAAUCUUUUUGUAGUUCACCAAGUUUCUGAAUUUUCUACUUAUAAAGAUUGUAGACAAAAGAUCUUGCUCACAUGCACAAAACAUACAUUUAAGUUUCUGUCACACGUAACUAAACAUAUUUUCGUGCAACUUAGCGUGAACCAGUUUAAUAUAUUACUUUGAUAGAUCCACAGAUAUUUUAAUUACAAUUAAAAAUAUUACUCUUCAUUUGAUGUAUGUUACAUCACAUGAAAAUAUUGUAUUUAUAAAACUAGUCAGUAAGGUUACAGACGGGAUUCAGAGAGUGCACGUAAUCGAUGAUGCAGUUGCAGUAUUCUAACAUAUUUUUGUAGACUGUAACGCGGGCGAUUUGCAUAUUGUUGUUUUUUUUAUAGUUUAAAUAAUAUAACACAGCGGGUAAUUUAGUUUUGCGCUUUUUAAAAUAUUAUAAUGUUUUAAACCGUAUUUUCUUGUUAAUAGGCUCACAAGAUAGUACAUACAACGCUUGAAGAGCAUACAUACGUACAACAUAUAGCUGUAACAUAGUCUUAUAACUGAUGUUUGAGUUACUAUGAUAUAAAAACAUAAUAGCGUUAUAAAUGCGCAGAACUAAGUUACCUACCAAACUCUCUUUAAAUAAAAUUAAUAAUAUUAUUUAACAAUUUAUCGGUCAUCUGGUAAAAUUAUAAAAGUUUUAAUGUCGUACUCAACUAUUGGCAUUUGUUAAAAAAAAAACAAUUUUAGUUUAUUUUUAAUUUUAAAUUAGUGGUUUUAAAAGACCGUUUUUAACUGCCAAUACAUAGUCCUCGCAUUUAACGACAAAUUUAUGUAAUUAAUAGGUCGUAUAAAAUAAAUUCUCUAGGUAUGUCUAUGGCUGUUGAACAAUUAAUUUAAUUAUAUAUUUUUUACAUUAUAAUCUCUCAUCCUAUAAUAUUACAUAUAUUGUAACGUGUAGUUGGUAAUUUAAUUGGCUAUUUCUUGAUCGAUCUGACGUUUACGAUUAAAAUUUUUUGUCACAUUUGAAGACAAAGCUAACUUCAGAUUAAUCAAAAAUAUGCGAUAUCUUAGUACCUAAGCGAUAUUUCAAUAAUGAAAUGAUUUUGAAAAUUGUGUCAUAUGUUGUUGUUGAUACGUACGAUGCCCGCUGUAUAGUUAUGUGAAUAUUUUAUACAAUUUUAACACUCUAAUUUUGUAUGAAUGCCAAGCUCCUAGGUUUUCUAGAUAUCUUGACUGAUAAAUAAAAUUCUUCGAUAUGAGGACUAUUAUAUAUAUUCAUGGAAAUAAAAAGAAAUAACACCGUCGAUGCCUGCGAUCGAUCCCGAGAUGUACAGAGAAGGUAUCUAGAAAACCUAGGAGCUUGUCAUGCAAACAGCGGUCCUUGGAGGACCACUGUUGGAAUGCUAAGCUCCUAGGUUUCUGAAUGAUUGGCAACUAAAUAAAAAGUGAUUUUGUGAGGACAAUAACAAUGAUAAUUAAAAAACACCAUCAUGCCCAUUGUGCUCACAAAAUCACUUUUUAGUACCAAUUCGUUAAAUUAGUUACCAAUCAUUCAGAAACCUAGGAGCUUGGCAUUCAAACAAAUUUUGAUUAAGUACAUUUGUAUUGUUUUUAACUUAUUAUUAUAUAUCAUAACCAUUGGAAUCCCUCGACCAUUUAGUAAUGCUAGGAAAAGCACAUAUGAAAACCAGUUGUAUAGCAGAUGUUCUAACUUAAAAUCUGAUAUAGGUUUCAUCGCGAUACGAUCCUUAGAAUCCGAGAUUAGAAUUUCACCGGGCCAAAUCUAGUAGUAACUAAAAACAGAUAAUUAUGACGGAUCAAGAGUUGUAACCGUAUGCAUAAGCGCCUACCAGUUGUUAUUCAUCCACUAUUUUCAUAUACUCGUAAGAAAUAUGGCUUAAAAUUUUAACUAUAGAGAAGGCAAAAUGUAAUAAUCUGCUAAUUUGUGUGUAUUAAAUGCCACUACAUACAUAUAUAAGACUUUAAUUGUUAUUUGGUCGAGUGAUCAAAAUAUAUCAACAAUUCCAUUAAUUAAUCGGUAGAUAUUCGCGUUAGGUAUAUGGAAAAUCGGAAAAUACAAUUAUAUUGGGAUUUAAUUACAUAUAUGUUUAAAUAAGACGUAAAACUAGUCUUCUCUUAGUAACCUUUUUGAUUUUACCUCAAAUAUAACUUUGUAACUACACAACUUAAAGCGUGUAUGAUUUUUUUAGGUUGGAAACAAUGUUACUAUGAAUUGUAAAUUUAAAAAAAUUAAGCUCUGUAGUAAGCAAGCUUCUACUAUAUUUCUAUUUGAUUUUUCUCUGUCUGGCUGAAUUUCACGGUUCAUAAAAUUUUCAUUGGUUUAUAAAAUUUUACCAUAGACAGUAAUCAAUUUAAUUGCCCUAUUUUAUAUAUAUUAUAAAUGUUUAAUUUUUAAGAAAAUCUUGAUUCAAAAAUGUUGUCGAACACAAAUGAAACGCUAGACGCCGCGUUCAAACGCUUAAAAUUCACCCAUCUCUUGUUCUCUACGAAAUCAAAAUGUUGAUUGCCACAACUCAAAUCUGAAUAAUGUUAAAUUUUUUGAUCAUCACAUAAUAUCACCAAAAUAUGUUUUCGUGUUAUAUAAUAAAAACAAAUAACUUCGAAGUUAUGUAGUUACUGUGUUAUUUCUUCAUCAAUUUUAAUAAUAUUCAUUAUAUCUUAGCUUUGUAUCAUAAUUCGAAACGCACCUACUUUUACACAUAAGUAUGUUUAGUAUUUAAAGGAGCAUGAUCGUUUCUUUCAUAGUAAGUAUUAAUACUUAAUAAAUUAAGCGAAUAAAGAAAACUCUAAGCAUAAAUCAA